AUGGAUGACUCUACUACUAUUGGCCCCUUCAUUAUUCAGGUUAAGGGCCGACCUGUGACAAAGCCUGAGGCAGAUUAUGAGUCUCGGACCCAAGCAUCAGUUGGCUCUGACCCAGCCAUUUUCACCUGGAUUGAUGGGCGCUUGGAAUGUGGUGAAUGGUUCCUGGGGCGAUUCCAUAUAGAAGACAGGUCUUUGAUACCGAAAGCAGUCUAUUGGUUCAAGAAGGAAGAUACGAACCCUAACGCUGUUCAACACACUAUGGUUCAUGAUGACGAAGGCUCUUAUACGCUUCGGAUGAGUGGUGCACCUUUGAACGAACAUCGCGGCAAAGUCCAUGCAGCGCUUAUUCCGCCAAAUGACGAAGAAUAUGACCAAGUGAAGAUAAUAAUGCAGUGA